GCGCAGUAGAAGCCACCAACGUUCAGUCUCCUGCUCAGGACCGUUAGUGGUGCCGAUCGGACUGUGCAGACACAUUUGCUGGAGAUUUCAUCGCAUGUGGAACAAUAAGAAGUGCUUGUGGCAACUGCUUUGAGGGCUCAUCACAGCUGCUUUGGCAGUUGGCCUCAUUACACGGGAGAUGCAGUGGACCUGUAAGCAGUGUAUUUUUUCUACAGACAAAAGAGGACAGUUGUUAAAACACUUUCGCCUAAAACAUGGAGGCUUUACUCGGCAACAGCCUAUACCAUGUCUUCAUAACAAUUGCUUGUGCACUUUCAAAUCUUUUAAUGCACUCAAAGUGCAUUUAUCGGUUUGGCACUGUCAAUCAGACAUUGGACAUGCGAGUAAACCCACAGUUGUAUUUCACUGCCAAUUAUGUGAAUACACAGAGCCAUGCACUGAAGAAGAGUUUUUCACACACUUACGUAGCCACUUAAAACUUAAGCAAAGAGUUCUGUGUCCAUACGACGGCUGUGAUUUUCACAGCAAUGUAUAUUCAACAUUUAAUGCACACAAAAGUAGGGUACACAGAGCGAGCGCUACAACACAUUUUAAAACCGAAAUAGUAUCAAACAUUGAACAUAAAGAUCAGUUGGCUGAAGUGGAGAAUGAUAUUUCCUCACAGGAUGACUCUGAUUGUGAAUUUGAAGAGUCUGUAGAUGACAUACGGGACUUGGAAAGUCAGCUGGAACGUAACCUUGCUGCUCUGUUUUUGAAAAUGCAAACAAUCCUGCAUAUAUCAGAAAGUGCUUCACAAGAAGUUAUUCAGCAGAUCAAUCAGAUCCACUUACUUUCACAGCCAUUACUUCAAAGUAAAGUCCAGGAGAUUAUCAGUCAGCAUUGUGGUGAUGUGGAUAAUUCCAUUGUGAGUGACAUUAUAAAUGCAGUUUCACAAACUAAUGUCAUACUGAAAUUCACCUCUACAGGAGGGUCUUUAUCAACAGCAAGCAGGAGAGCAUCUUAUAUACAGCAAGAAUUUCCUCUCGUUAUGCCAGUUGAGUUUCGUCUUGACAGAGAUAGUUCUGUUGUAUAUGUCCCGACACUGAAAAUGUUGCAGGCUUUGUUGAGAAAUAAGGAUAUUUUGGAUAAGGUGCUGCAUUUAGAAUGUGGUGCUUCACCAGAAGGAUACCACUCAUUCAGAGAUGGCUCUCAUUUUAAAGAAAAUGUCUUUUUGAAUGUGGAAGAAUUUAGGAUUGCUCUUGGGCUAUAUAUAGAUGAUUUUGAGGUUGCUAAUCCACUGGGAACAUCCAAGAAAAAACAUAAACUAUGUGCCGUAUAUUGGGUACUUGCUAAUCUUGACUCCAAAUAUCGGUCAGCUCUUCACUCUAUACAACUUGCACUUUUAUGUAAGGUCAAGACUGUGAAGGAACAUGGCUAUGCAGAAGUUCUUCGUCCUCUCAUUCAGGAUCUUGUUACUCUUGAGGAACAUGGUGUGUAUGUUGAACAGCUAGCAGAAAGUGUUAAAGGCACUGUAUUGUAUGUAGCAGCAGACAACUUGGGGGCUCACGCUUUGGCAGGAUUCCAGGAGAGUUUUUCAGCAGAUCUCUUUUGUCGGUUUUGUAUGUGUAAGCAAGAUGACAUACAGGAUAAGGAGGUCAGAUCAGGUCUACACCAGCCAAGGACAAGAGAGGACCAUGACAGACAUGUGCAAGAGGUUAUACAGGACCAUACUAUGGCUAGACAUCUCGGUGUAAAAAGAGGGUGUCCGCUGAAUGAAAACUUGAAACACUUUCAUGUGGUGAAUGGUUUUCCACCUGACAUUCUGCAUGACUUUUUAGAGGGUAUAGUACCAGCAGAAAUGUCACUGUGUCUUCAGGAUUUUAUGACCAAGAAGUAUGUUUCUUUGGACUCUUUGAAUAAGGCUAUUAGGCAGUUUCGUUACACAUUCUCAGACAAAGCUGACCAACCACAGAUCAUUCCAAAGACCUUCAUCGCUAAAAGAACCAUUGGGGGCAACGGCCAUGAAAACUGGGCUCUCUUGAGGCUUCUUCCAUUGAUGGUAGGCCAUAAAAUCCCAGAAGGAGACCAAGCAUGGGAGAUACUGAUGCUUCUAAAAGAUAUACUAGAAAUAGUAAUGUCAUCUCAUUUUACUGAAGAAUUAAUCCACUUUCUGGUUUGCAAAAUCUCAGAACAUAGAGAGUUACUGCAGCAAACCUUUCCGACCUACAAACUCCGUCCAAAACAUCAUUUCAUUGAACAUUACCCUCAAAUGAUAAAAACCUUUGGCCCACUAGUCGAUGUGUGGACAAUGCGUUUUGAAGGCAAGCACAAAUUCUUCAAAAAGGUUGUGCAUGACACUCAUAAUUUCAAGAAUAUAGCACACACCUUGGCUGUAAGACACCAGAAGAUGAUGGCCUUCCAUUUGGAUUCUGUUUUGUUCUUUAAGCCUUCUGUGGAAAUUGAUAAAGUGAGAUCAGUUAUGAUUUCAUCUUUUCCUGAGAAUGUUCAGCGCUUACUACAUCAGCGAAACGCCAAGCAAAGUACAGUGCUGGUUGCAUCUUCUGCUUGUGUUCACGGUGUAAAGUACACUGCCGAUAUGAUCAUUUCAGUUGGCUGUUGCUCGGGUCUACCAGAGUUCCAGCAAAUAACACAUAUUGUUGUUAUCAACACAGAACUCCUGCUAGUCUGCAAGCUUUUGAACUCAUGGUAUGUUGAACAUUUACGUGCUUAUGAGUUGUGCUUUAGUGGGGGAGGAUCUCUCACAGUCACCCAGAUGUCUGAACUGAAUGAUGUUUUCCCCUUAUCUUCCUAUAGAGUGAAAGGCAAUGUGUAUGUGACACUGAAGCGUUACAUAUUAUGCUGAAUGAUAUUAUGUGGAAUGGGUACUAAAGUGAUCUUCACUCUGUCUAGGACCAUGGGAAGCUAUAUACUAAGAAUUAUCAUUAAUGAAGGGGACAUACGGAAAGUGUCACUGGAUGGGAAACCAGAAACGGUUGAAGAGCUGAAGAUAAAAAUCAAAGAAAAAUGCAAUCUG